UUGUCUGGGCGCCUGGAGAGAGAGCAAAAAAGCAGGGCAAAGAAAGUUUGGGGGUGGGUGGAAUUGGGUGAGACAGAGCGAGAAGCCAAUGCAGUCCCUGCCGGCGUGCAGAGCCCGCCUUCUCCGAAACGGGGUCAUGUCCCGCUGCAUUUCCAACGCAGUUAUCUGAAACCUCGCUCCGCGGAUGGUAUUAAAUAUCCCCGUGACGUGUAGGAGUGGAGGCUGCCCUGUGCAGCCAGACGGGUGGGGGGAAAGGAGCGGAGGGCGGAGAAGAAGAUGGAAAUAGGGACGGCUCUUUGGCCUGCAUGCUUGUUAAUGGGGCCGGGGGCGGAGGGGCAGCCCGGCAUUAACGAGCCAGGGCCCUGCCCGGGGAAUUUUUGUCACCAGCUUGCUCUGUUGCACUGUCAGGGCUGGGAGCGGGUGUUGCUGGUGGGUGGGAGAGACGGGGAUGUGCUCGGGCUUCUGCGUGGAUAGCCACGCCGGCUCGGGCUCCGUGCCGCUGCUGGUCCAGCCUCGGUUUUGGGGGCGUUGCGUGCAGGGAGGGGCCGAUCCAGCAGCAGAGUGGAGCAUGCAGCGGGGACCUGCCCUUGGCGCCCGGGCAUCCCCUGAGAGCGAGGCCUGAGGCCCUGGCCCGCGGGAGGAGGCGAUGCCGAGGCCAUGCCGUUUCUCCUUGGGACGGGGCCACUGAGCGGAUCUGCCAUGGUGACAUGAACCGGGCAGGGAGCCAGACGAGCCGGGCGGCGGGGAGCUCCCACUCGCGUGCCCUGCCGGUGUGCUAAGCUCCUGCUCUGUCCUGAGAAGAGGGGCCGCGGAGCCAGGAUGAGCGCCCUGGGGCGGCUGCGGCGGGGCGCGCGGCAGGUGUCCCCGCAGGGCGUGCUGCUGCUGCUCUUCGCCUUCUGCGUGCUCAGUGUGUUCAUCUCGGCGUAUUAUUUGUACGGCUGGAAGCGGGGCCUGGAGCCCUCCGGGGACGUCCCGGGGCCGGACUGCGAGGAGCCCAAGGUCGCCCCCUCGCGCCUCCUCCCCCUGAAGCCACUUAAGGUGGCCGACUCGUCCCGCACGGACCCGCUGGUGCUGGUGUUCGUGGAGAGCCUGUACUCGCAGCUGGGCCAGGAGAUCGUGGCCAUCCUGGAGUCCAGCCGCUUCAAGUACCGGACAGAGAUCGCCCCCGGGAAGGGGGACAUGCCCACGCUGACGGACAAGGACCGGGGCCGCUUCGCCCUCAUCGUCUACGAGAACAUCCUCAAGUACGUCAACCUGGACGCCUGGAACCGCGAGCUCCUGGACAAGUACUGCGUGGAGUACGGCGUGGGCAUCAUCGGCUUCUUCAAGGCCAACGAGAACAGCUUGCUGAGCGCCCAGCUCAAGGGCUUCCCCCUCUUCCUGCACUCCAACCUGGCGCUGAAGGACUGCAGCAUCAACCCCAAAUCCCCGCUGCUGUACAUCACGCGGCCCAGCGAGGUGGAGAAGGGCGUGCUGCCCGGCGAGGACUGGACCGUCUUCCAGUCCAACCACUCCACCUACGAGCCCGUGCUGCUGGCCAAGACGCGCUCGGCCGAGUCUAUCCCGCACAUGAGCGUGGACGCCGCGCUCCACACCACCGUGGUGCAGGACCUGGGGCUGCACGACGGCAUCCAGCGCGUCCUCUUUGGCAACAACCUCAGCUUCUGGCUGCAUAAGUUGGUCUUCGUGGACGCCGUCUCCUUCCUCACUAGCAAGCGGCUUUCGCUGCCUCUCGACCGCUACAUCCUGGUCGACAUCGAUGACAUCUUCGUGGGCAAGGAAGGCACCCGCAUGAAGGUGGAGGACGUCAAGGCUCUGUUUGACACCCAGAACGAGCUGCGCACCUACAUCCCCAACUUCACCUUCAACCUGGGAUACUCAGGGAAAUUCUUCCACACAGGCACGGACGCCGAGGACGAAGGCGACGACCUGCUCCUGUCCUACGUGAGGGAGUUCUGGUGGUUCCCCCACAUGUGGAGCCACAUGCAGCCCCACCUCUUCCACAACCAGUCGGUGCUGGCUGAGCAGAUGGCCUUAAACAAGAAAUUCGCUGUCGAUCAUGGCAUCCCCACCGACAUGGGCUAUGCCGUAGCCCCGCACCACUCUGGCGUGUACCCGGUCCACGUGCAGCUGUAUGAGGCGUGGAAGCAGAUCUGGGCCAUCAAGGUCACCAGCACCGAGGAGUAUCCACACCUGAAACCAGCCCGCUACCGGCGCGGCUUCGUCCACAACGGGAUCAUGGUGCUCCCGCGGCAGACCUGCGGCCUCUUCACGCACACCAUCUUCUACAAUGAGUACCCCGGCGGCUCCAACGAGCUGGACAAGAUCAUUAAUGGGGGCGAGCUGUUCCUGACCGUGCUGCUGANGCAGAUCAGCAUCUUCAUGACCCAUCUGUCCAACUACGGCAAUGACCGCCUGGGCCUGUACACCUUCCGGCACCUGGUUCGCUUCCUCCGCUCCUGGACCAACCUGAAGCUGCAGACCCUGCCACCUGUGCAGCUGGCCCAGAGAUACUUCCAGAUCUUCUCCGAGGAGAAGGACCCCCUCUGGCAGGAUCCCUGCGAGGACAAGCGCCACAAGGACAUCUGGUCCAAAGAGAAGACGUGUGACCGGUUCCCCAAGCUGCUCAUCAUCGGGCCUCAGAAGACAGGCACGACGGCCCUCUACCUGUUCCUGGGGAUGCACCCGGACCUCAGCAGCAACUACCCCAGCUCGGAGACCUUCGAGGAGAUCCAGUUCUUCAAUGGACACAAUUAUCACAAGGGCAUUGACUGGUACAUGGAGUUUUUCCCCAUCCCUUCCAAUACCACCUCCGACUUCUACUUCGAGAAGAGCGCCAACUACUUCGACUCAGAAGUGGCGCCCCGGCGGGCAGCCGCGCUGCUUUCCAAGGCCAAGGUCAUCACCAUCCUCAUCAACCCUGCAGACCGUGCCUACUCCUGGUAUCAGCACCAGCGAGCCCACGAUGACCCGGUGGCUCUGAAAUACACCUUCCACGAAGUGAUCACGGCUGGACCCGAGGUCUCGCAGAAGCUGCGGACACUGCAGAACCGGUGCCUGGUGCCGGGCUGGUAUGCCACCCACAUCGAGCGCUGGUUGAACAACUUCCAUGCCAACCAGGUCCUGGUUCUGGAUGGCAAGCUGCUCCGCACAGAGCCAGCCAAGGUGAUGGAGACGGUCCAGAAGUUCCUGGGCGUGACCAACAUCAUUGAUUACCACAAAACCCUGGCAUUCGAUCCCAAGAAAGGAUUUUGGUGCCAGCUGCUGGAGGGAGGGAAAACCAAGUGCUUGGGGAAAAGCAAAGGGAGGAAGUACCCCGAGAUGGAUUCGGAUUCGCGAGCCUUCCUGCGGGAUUACUACAGGGACCACAAUAUCGAGCUCUCCAAGCUCCUGUACAAAAUGGGCCAGACGCUGCCCACCUGGCUGCGGGAGGAGCUCCAGAACACGAGGUAGCUGCCGCCCUCGCUCGCUGAGCACUAGUGAGGAAGGGCCCGAAGGAAGCAGGGCCCAAACCCAGCGGCGAGCCAGACAGACACCCGGGAGGAGGACGAUGCAACCAGGGAAAAGCGUUUCUGAGCAAUAUUCAGCCAAGGUCUUCGAGGGGGGACGAUGGAACCAGGUGGUCACCGCCGCGGCUCUUGGAGCGGUGAGCCAGGUCGCCCGACUUGGCAAACCCACGGCUGUACGGCUCUCCGCAGCCCCCAGAUCCAUUUUAGUUGCAGAUUUCCUGCCAACGAGGUCACUUUCUGGUUUGCGAUGUCACUUCUUGGUUUGUGAUGUCAUGCUGGUUUGCAACAGUGUCACUUGCUGGGGGGUGGGGUGGGAUUCUCCGGUCACAGGUGGGCCCGACUUCUCCAUGCUGGAGCCAGUAUUGCAGCGGUGCUCAGACUCCGGUUCCUGCGUGGUGGAGGAGAGGGUCUAGGAGAGAUGGAUGGCUCGUGGCAGGAGCACAACCUGCUGUUGGGAUCCAGGGGCUGGACAGCAGCUCUCGCCCGGCGCUGCAAUCCAGUUCCAAGCUGGGGGAACUGGUGGUCACUGGGCUUGCCCGUGGCCUGGCGCCAAACGCUGGAAGAGAUGUCUUGGUGUUCUCGGGAAAAAGCUUUUGAAGACUUUGGCAUUGCCCAUAUUUAGUUUGUCACUGAUCAUUCCCUCCCUGCCCGCCAAGUCUUGUAUCUGGAUGAGAGGAGCCAAGGGACAGGUGCUCCUCGGAUAAGCUGCCAGGGCAGGAGGAUGGAGAGCCGGUCCCUACACCCCUCCCUCCUGCAUUGCAAUGUUUUACACGCGUGGUGUUUUCUGUGGUCAAAGCCUGAGGUGCCCCAUCACACGGUGCCCGGCGCAGGCUCUACUUCACGUGCCCGCCCGCUCGGAGGACGGCGGGCUCUGGCGUGGCAGGCGGUCAGCAGCCCGGAGGACGCUGGGAACGUGGAGCCUCUUGAAUACGAAACCUGAAAGUAUUUUAAUAAUGUGGUUUUCUUUGUUCUUUUGGUGCCAGAGUUUUGUACCUGAGAGACGAGGUUUUGACUUGGUCUCAUUCACUGUUACACACACACACAGGUGGACAACUGUGGGCUUCGGCUCGGUCUGUCUCCAGACCAGAGACGAGCGCUUCUCUUUUUAUUUUUUAAUUAUGGGAUAAGUAUAUUGUGGCCUGUUUCUCUCUCUCUCUUCCCCUCCCCUCUGCCUUGUGAUUUUUACUGCCGAUGUCUCAGUAUUGAGGUUUUCUCCUACUUUCUUUCUCCCGUUGUCCCGGGGCCCGUGUGAACGGGAGCCAGCUGCUAACGAUGAACCGGGGCACUUGGUUUAUCCUGGAGCAUGAAGCAGCCCGAUGGCUUGUUGCUCAUCGGGGGUGGAGUUGGCCCAUCCGUGUUUGCUGAGGCCUGGGCGAGAUGGCACGCGGAAGGAAGCCAUCUGGUUUGGUAGAGAUGUUGGCUGAGGGAUGGGAGACGAGGAGACCCUCAGGGUUGAGUCCGCUAAGGGCGAAGGAGGGUGAGAUCCUUGCAUCUCUGCCCUGCAGAGGCAGGAAGAAAAGGGGCACUGAAGCCCACCCUCGAUAGUUUGAGUGAAGAGGGGAGCCCCCAUGCAAGGAGGACGCGUGACCCCGGGCCCGUGGUGCCCCCCAGUCUCAUCUCAUCAGUGUUGCAAUAGCAGGCGGGUGCCAGGCGGCACGGUGGGAGUGGAUCCCUCUCCCGGCUCCAAGCAGGCACCCCUCCCACAGCACGCACGUGCGGCUGGCACCUCGGAGGCCAGUAGAGACCCCUGGGACCACCGGCUCUAACUCGCUCAGUCCUUUCCUAUUGCUCCACCCUACGAUCCCGGUCACCGAGCUCACUGGAGCCGCACGGGCUUGGGACAUAUUGCUGCCAACCCCCCUGCCCUACCCACCACCCUCCGCUUGCCAUCCUCCUCUGCUCUGGAGGGUCGCUUGGGGCUGGGGAAAGGGAGAGAGAGAUGCGAACUCGGUGGGCUCUUUGAAGCCGUUCUUUUAGCUUUUGUUACUGACUAAAGAGGGGGCCCCGCCGCGGGCUCCCGGUUUUAUUUUUGCAUGGUAUUCUGUGCCGGACCGCGGCGAGCGGGAAUCCUGGGGCAGGCGGGAGAGAGGGAGGGACGUCGGCUGUGUCUUGGCCCCCCUGCUCUUCCCAUCUGCGGCGGAGCAGGGCGCGCUUCCUCCGCACUGCUGGAAGGCCCUGUUGAACAAACGGCGAAUAAAGUGGGGUUCUCCAUUUGUAGUC